GUAUAUUUCUUUUAUAAGGAAAGAUGACAAAAGAAGAGUUUGCGUCAAGUUAAAAAGCUUAUGCAAUAAAUUAGUCCAACUUACACUUUAUGUCUAAAAAAAGUUUUUCUUUUUUCAAUUUUAAGUGAGUUUCGGAAUUUUACUGGGUACGUUUUUGGAUCAGAAUGACUACCACAAUGGAGAAAUCCAAAAACUUUUGCAUUGAUGCGCUCCUGGCGCAUGACGUGGAGCAGAGGACUGACAGCGAUGAGGCGUCUCCGGGAUUGUUUUACAGCAGGAGCCCCGAUGAGAGUCCAUUAUCAUCCCGCGGCUCGGAGUCGUCCUCCCCUCACCCUCCAAACUCUUCUCCUGCCCCGCAAGGAGUCCUGUGGAGGUCCCAUCUCUUCAAUCCCUCUCAAUCAGGAUUCAAUGCUUUGCCACAAGUGGGUCUCAUCGGAAUGCAACCAGGACCAAUGUAUCCUCUGGCGGCCUUCGGGGGCCAAUACCCCGCCUUCAUGUAUCCCAGCUUCUCUCAGCUGGUUCAGCCAUAUCCGGAGCAGAUGAAAGGAGGGAGCAUGGCCGCAGCGCUCCCCCUGGAGCCGUGGAUCAGAGCAGGCGUAAUGCCCAGGCUAGGAGAAUUUAGUGGACCAGGUCAGGCAGCUCUGUUGGGAAAGUGUCGUAGACCCAGGACAGCUUUCACCAGUCAGCAGCUGCUGGAGCUGGAAAACCAGUUCAAGCUCAACAAGUACCUGUCCAGACCUAAACGCUUUGAGGUGGCUACCUCACUCAUGCUGACAGAGACUCAGGUGAAGAUCUGGUUCCAGAACAGGCGUAUGAAGUGGAAGAGAAGUCGCAAAGCCAAGGAACAAUCAACUCCAAGCUCCCUGACUAACACAGAAAGAACCAGGAUGGAUACACACAGUAUCAAGCCUCAUGGUGGUUCUCUCAGCUCAAGCCCAGAGGAUGAAGAGGAGAUAGAAGGGGAGGAAGAGUAUGAAAAAGAGGAUAUGAGGUCUCUGAGGGAAGGCUCUUUGGGUCCAGUUGGCUUCACAAUGCAUCCAGGUGGAGGAUUGGGGAAUUACAGUUGUUACUCAGAGGAGGAGAUAGAUGAGAAAGCCUCAGGGAACAGAAAAGGUGUUUUCCCUUAAUUGUAAACUUCAGCAUGCCCUUAUUGUAUGUGACUCUGUUUAUUAUAUUUAAAAUGACAGUUCAGAGUGCAAUAUGAUGCAUAAAUCAGACUUUCUUCAACCAUAUCUCCACCUGGACCUCCCAAAUUUUUCAUGUUGACUUCUACCCCUGGACUGCAAGAAUAGCCUAUUACAUAAAACUGGGAAAAUGCCAUUUUUAUCUCCCUGGACAUUUAAUGAUACAAAAAUCCAUGCUUCUAAUGAACACUGGCUUAUAUAUUACUUAUCUGUGUGAUUUAUACAUGUGUCAAAAAACAGCCAAUGCCCCUAUUCCAUAUGUCACUUGUUGUAAAUUAGAAAUGUUGUACAGUGGUCUGUUUUGUUGCUUCACAACAAGAAUAAUCUGGGUUGAAGGUCUCUCAUUGCGUGGACCCUUCCUGUGUAAAGUUUGCAUGUUUUCCCAGUGCCUGUUUGUUUUUUUUUUUC